GUCUUUGCAUCUGAGAGGCAUGUGCCUGUUUUUUGUUCAGAGCGUCAAUCUGCUGCUCCCGAGUGCCGCGAAAGCUGAGAACAGGACAAAGCGAAGCGGAGUGAGGUCGCUUCUCUCUGCGGCAGAUUCUUUCAACGGAGAGGCAAGCUUUUUCCGCGGCGGUUGCGGCUCGGCCGCUCUCGACAUCGCGAGGAGGCAGCGACGCCAGCAUCACGUUUCAGCUCUUUUCAGAAGAUAGUUCUGCCUUCCCUUUCCCUUGUUCGUCGGAGAAGGAGGACGCAGAGAGAGAGGCGAGAUGGAGAACGGGCGUCUGGCGAACCUAUUUCUGAGUUGUGUGGCUGCGGUCAAUAGAAGAAUUUGUGACGGCGAAGACGCGAGCGUUGUGCCUCUCGUCAACUGAAAACUCGAAACGGGGGAAAAGGCUCUCCGGAAACUCGGGUCGUCUUCGGUUCUCUUGACGUCUUCUUUUCAUCUUGCGGGGACGACGGGGAUUUUCUCCGUCUCUCUUUUCGUUUGUUUCACCUGUCUCUCUCGCUCUCGUACGAGCCUCUCGCCCUCUCGCAACAGCGUGCAGCCUUUUCAAGCGUUUUCCUUCUUUUCUUCCCCCCAUCGAUGCUAAAUGACCUUCCCCCAUCUGAAAAUACAUAUAUAUAUUAUAUGUAGGUUUAGGUGAAUAUCUUUUUGUGUACGUCGCCUGGUCAGGGAGAGGAGUGAAGAGAGGUUUCUGCCUCUGUCUCUCUGUUCUGUGAGGCUGCGUCCCUCUUUCCUCUUUGCUUCUCUAAAGGUGUGUCUGAGCUCUCUCCUCUCGCUGCCCCAGAGGGUGUAUCCCUUCUGCGCCUUUCUCCCUGAACCUACAGUCUGUUUGUCGCGCUCCUUCCUUCGUCGCAAGUGGGCGGUCCGCGCGCUUUGCUCGCCGGUGCGACUUCAUCGUUUUCAGACGGAAGGACGCCAGUGUCGAUCGACGAAGGAAAGCGGGAGCUCCAGCUUCUCUGUGCCGCUUCACUUCGCCGUUCCCUCCGGUGCCCUUUCUUCUUCUGCGCUUUUCUUUCGCGCGCGUCCGCCACCCGCGGCUCCUCCCGCCUGCCUUCUUCGCGCAGUGAGGAUGGAGAGAGGUCAGAUGCUAGAGCCUAAGGAGACUGCGAAGGCGCUCAGCGCAACCAGCAGUGGAUACUACUCCGACCAUGUCGACCAGAACGAGCAAGUUCGCCUCCUCAACCGACUCGCCAACGCGGAGGGAAGCUCGCAGGUCAAACAAGAUGCAGUGUUGGCCAAUCCGCCAGACUGGAAGACCCUGGAGAAAGCGGGCGUCCUGCCUGCAGGCCUCUCGGCUGUUUUGUCGAAAAUCAAUCCUCUCUGUCUCGACGAAUUCGCAGAAAUGCUCGCGGCUGAUCCGGACCUCGUUCGCGCCCUCGUCGCUCUCGUGCGGCUGGAAGGAAACCUCCACACGGUGCAGUACGUCUUGACAGUCCUCUGCGAGGUAGUCAGAGACGACAGCAGCAAGUACGAGGCGUUGUGCUCAGCUGUGGCAGACAGCGAAGUUUUCGAGGCGUUUCGUCAGCUGCUGGAAGUCGCAAACCUGGACUCUUAUACAGCCGACCGAGCAGCCUUUCUCCUCUCUGGACUCAUGUGUCGAGCUCGCUCGGGGACUUUUUCCGACAGUCAGGUGGAGUACUUGGUUCAAGGUCUUCUCCACGGUCGCGCGGCCAACAAGUUUCUCCUCAGCGAAGGUGGUCGCCUGGACGCGUUUGUCAAUCUGCUGAAAAUCGAUGGCUACCGACCGAUGAUUUGGGAUUGUCGCGGAUUUCCUGAGCUCGUCCUGCGGAACUUGUCGCUGACGCUUCCCGCGAGCGUCCUCUACAAAGCGAUGUUCUGCGUGUGGCUCCUCACCUUCCACGACGCGUUUCUGCCUCAGCUGAACGAGAAGGGCAUUGUUGUCGCCGUGUGCGUAGUGUUGAAAGAGUCCCGCGUCGAGAAGGUGAUUCGCGUCGGACUCGGUGUGCUGCACAACUUGCUGAAGUGCGACGCGUCGGUGGAAACAGUCAUUGAACAGAACGUCGCGCAGGUUUUGGCACUGCUGGAAUUCGAGAAAUGGCGCGACGGGGACAUGUACGACGACAUCCGCCUCGCGACCUCGCACCUGGAACAGAAAAUUCGUCAGUUCAACAACUUCGAUCGCUACUGCCACGAACUCGACAAGGGACAGCUUACGUUCUCUGUCCUCCACUCUGAAAAAUUCUGGAGAGAGAAUGUCAUGGCAUUUGAGAACGAUGAGUUUCGAGCCAUCAAGAAGCUCGUGAAGCUGCUGGAUACGUCAACUGACAAAACGACUCUCGCCGUCGCGUGCUACGAUCUUGGCGAGUUCGCCCGUCUUCACCCGGCAGGAAAAAAGGUGUGUCAGCAGCUGAAGGUGAAAGACCGCGUGAUGCUAAUGAUAAGCGACAAGGACCGCGAAGUAGCCGGCGAGGCACUGCUGUGCAUUCAGAAAUUGAUGUUGAACAACUGGCAGGACGUCGCCGAGCUCGGAAAGUAGAGAGAGCUGCGAAGGAGAAGAGGCCAUCUAUCCAAGGAAACGAAGGCAUCGAGACUGAACAGGAGUUCGUCACGCGAGCACAUGUGGAGGAGAAACGAAAGGAAUAGUCAUUUUUCUCUUUUUUCGCUGUUGCAUGGGGGGUCUGCAUCGAGUGCCUCGCGCUGCCUUCGUCUUUUGUCAAUUCGUGGAGGCUCUCGUCUUUUUGUGUUGCGCUAGACACACCGUCGCUGGACGGAGCAGCGCAGACCUUCGACAGGGCGAAACGCUCCUGGCUGAGAAGUGGAACGCACACACCUGAUGCAGUUCAGAGCUCAAGUCCAACGGCAGACGACAGACGGCUGAAGGAAGGG